AUGGCAGAGAAACAUAAGUCUUCCAGAAUCACCCGGAUCCCUUACUGGCGGCUGGUAGUCGAGCAAGAUGUUGUUAAUCAAGAGAUUAUCGACUACCCAUUCUCCGGCGAGGGUACCGAAGAGGAUCCUUUUGUGGUGACAUGGAUUCCCAAUGACCCGCGAAACCCAAUGAGAUUCAAACAGCUGACGAAAUGGACAAUCACGAUGCUGGUAGCCCUUGCGGCUUUAGCAGUCUCGCUGGAUUCCUCGGCCUACACUGGUGGUGUCUUUGAAAUAGAAGAAGAAUUUCAAAUCAGUACUGAGGUGGCGACACUUGGUGUGUCACUGUUUGUGCUGGGCUUCGCAAUAGGACCUCUACUGUGGGCACCACUCAGUGAACUAUUCGGCCGACAGGUGCUCUUUACCACUACAUACUUUGCCUUGACUGCUUUUAACUGCGGUGCUGCAGGUGCACAGAACAGCUGGACACUCGUCAUCCUUCGUUUCUUUGCAGGCGCGUUCGGAUCAUCACCGUUGACAAAUGCAGGUGGUGUGAUUGCAGAUAUGUUUGAGGCGAAAGAAAGGGGCAUUGCGAUGGGCACAUUCGCAGCAAUGCCGUUUUUAGGCCCCGUUAUCGGUCCGAUCGUCGGGGGUUUCCUAGGAAUGAAUGCAGGAUGGCGAUGGGUGAUGGGUCUCCUAGGGGCUUUCUCUGGAGUCGUCUGGAUUUUGGGUACUCUGCUUAUCCCUGAGACCUAUGCCCCGAUGCUCCGCCGUCGUGCGGCUAAACUGUCUCAAAUGACUGGCAAAAUAUAUCGCAGUAAGCCAGAAAUUGACCAAGGCAAAAUCAAUCUUGGAAAGUCAUUCAAAAUUGCGUUAUCACGUCCAUGGGCUCUCCUUUUUCGGGAGCCUAUCGUCUUUUUACUGUCAUUAUACAUCGCAAUCAUCUAUGGCACACUCGUAUCCGAUUGUGUUCAAGAGGUUCGGGGUUGGAAUCAAGGUGUAGGAGCCCUUCCCUUCCUCGGGAUCAUGGUGGGUAUGCUACUUGGUUUUGUAUAUACAAUUCUCGAUAAUCAGCGGUACAUCAAGAACCAGCGCAGACAUGGUGGGUUUGCAUCUCCAGAGGCAAGACUUCCACCAACCAUGCUGGCAUCGAUUACGAUUCCAGUAGGUCUCUUUUGGAUUGCAUGGACAAACUCCCCGUCAAUCCACUUCAUGGUCUCUAUCGUUGCUGGCGUCCCAUUCGGAUUUGGUAUAGUACUAGUUUUUCUGGGAGUUAUGAACUACCUGAUUGACGCGUACACUAUCUAUGCAGCCUCGGUUCUAGCAGCAAAUUCAGUCUUGCGGUCAAUCUUUGGUGCGGUUUCCCCCUUUUUACUACUUAUAUGUAUCAAGGGCUGGGUAUUCACUGGGCCUCCUCGAUUCCAGCAUUUUUAUCCUUGGCCUGUGUUCCAUUCCCUUUCCUGUUUUACAAGUACGGUGCUGCCAUUCGAAAGCGCUGCAAGUAUUCUGCGCAAUCUUAUGCUUUCAUUCAAAAGCUGCAAGAAAGGGCACAGACACAACCAAAAUCCGACCAAGAGGAGGAAAAAAGCAAGGAUUCAAACAUCUCCGAAGCUACUGCACCAGCGUCAGAUGGCUGAGGCAAUAGCGUAA